UGAACUCACGCCUACAAGUUGCCUUUUUGUUAGUGGGGGUUGGUUACGAUAACGCGGAUAGCAUAUCACUGCUGCUGUGGAGCGAGCAUGGCAGCGGCGGCUCUUCUCUCGCCUCCUUUCGCCGUCACCAAUUCUUUCUCGUCUCUUCUAGCAAUUCGCGCUACCCUGCCAAAUCGAAGAAACCCCAAUUGUUCGGCGCGUGGGACAAGCUGUCCAGCGGUUUGUUCUGAUUCCUCUGCCGUGGUUUCCACGAGCAGCUUCUGCAGGAGGGAUCUGUUGCUCUCAGGUCUCUCGACUUUCAUUCUUCCAGUCUCCGAUGUGCAUGCCAUGGUUGAAUUAGAUGAUGAUGUGAAGAUGGAAGUACUCACUGAUGACAUUAAUGCAUAUUCCUUCUUGUAUCCUAUCAAAUUGCAAACUAAAAAUUUUGCCUUCAAAUGGGUAGAAUCCAGAAAACCUGAACGCUAUUCUUCGGCUGCACCUCUAUCACCUGAUGCACGACAACGCAUUGUAUCUGAGCGUGUUGACAUGAUCAACAAUCUUGUCAUUUCCGUAUCAAUUGGACCUCCAAAUUCACGUUUCUUAACUUCAAAUGAUACGAGCUCAUGGAAUGCCAAAGAUGUGGCCAAUUCUGUUCUUGCUGACAAGUCUUCACUGCGUAUAACAACUGGGCAGCGCAUGGCUGAGAGUUCUGUUCUUGAUUCUCAUUCAGUGAUAGUCAAUGGGCAACCUUACUGGUAUUAUGAGUACCUUGUUCGAAAAUCACCAACAAAAUCUGCACCAGAGCCAAAUCUAUUUAGACACAAUGUGGCUUCAACAGCUGAACGAGAUGGAUAUUUGUACUCUUUAAAUGCAUCAACGCUUAGCAAACAGUGGGAAAAUUUGGGCCCUGUACUUCAAAAGACGGUAGAAUCUUUUCGUCUCCUCCCUCCUACGGAAAAUUAUGUUCCUCCAUUUAAGGACCCUUGGAGGUUUUGGUGACGACUACAAUGUUUUGGAAUGAGCACUGCAUCAUCUACUGGGGAUCUUUAACUAUGCUUUAUUUCUGAAGCAGCUGCAUCAGCACGCUGGGUUACAUGACGUCUGCUCCCUGAGAAUUUGCACCAUUUUAGGUGGAAAGCUUGUGAAGCAAAACUAUCAUCCUGUACUAGUAGCCUACUGCAGUUCUUUUCCCAACAUUUUUAGCCAGCUGCAUUAUAUUUUAGAUUCUUUUUUUUUCAGUGUGGAUGUAUGUUUGAACUGUUAAUGUUUGCCCCCUUGAUAUUCUCUCCUUGAGACCCCAUUCCUUCUUUCAAAUGAGCGUGGGGAACUCAAUCCUCUGUUUUUUGGGAGAAAUUAAUCAUUGUUUCUUUCAAAUUUAA